CCCUCCCACGGCCACGAUCACGGCCCUGAACUGAUGCAUCUUGACAGUAGCCUCAUGCAUCCUGCUGCAUGUCAACCAUAGGUCCAUUGUACCCUCCCCUUCCACGCUCUCGGAAACUACGACCCCUCGAUCGAUCCCUCCCCCUUGCAUAACCCGGUUGCGAUCCCAACUACCAUCUUCAUACUCGAAGGACACAAAACCAUUCCCUCUAGCCCUUCCCCUCCCUCUACCACCACGGCCCCCGCCUCGACCGUUAGGCGAAUCCUCUCCUUCAUAAUCAAAUUCUGUUGAUGCCUUCACCUGUUCAGCUGGUAAUGGCGGUUGAUACCCAACAGAGGAUGUAUUGAGCUCCUUCUUUAGAAGAAGGCCCUCUUCUAGGGGUUCCCAUAUGUCAGUUAUGUCUGUGGAUCCAACAGAUGUAUUCUGAUGAAGAACAACAAUUCUUCGCUUGAUUAAGUCCACAAUUGUGACAGUCUAGUUGAUUGCUCUUCCCAUUGCCUUAAACACAAUUUCAUUUGACCCUUUCUCCUGAAGCAGACUCAUGGCGUAUGUGAUAUAGCUUCGCAUCCGGCCCUGAUUUGUAAUCCGAAUGUCAUUCUCGUCUAUCGGUGUCUCCGCUCUCGGCUUCUCCACCCUCUGGUACCGAUCCAUAGUUUUGGUCAACUGCGGAACAGUGGAUGCUCUCUCGUGGGGAGCCCUACUCUACGGCUUCGUUUCUUCUUUUACGCCCUCCACACAAACUAUCUAUCUAUACAUAUAUAUAUAAUGGGAAGGCUGCCUUUGUUCUACCUCUCCUUUUUUUCUGUUGUACUAGUAGUAGUACUUUGGAAUGGGAGCGUGAGGGGUGUUCCACUCUACACCAAAUCGCGAUGGAUUGUGGACGAGGAGGGGAAGAGGGUGAAGCUGGCCUGCGUGAAUUGGCCGGCGCAUUUGGAAGCGGUGGUGGCGGAGGGGCUGAGCAAGCAGCCGGUCGACACCAUCUCAAGGCGGAUUGUUACCAUGGGGUUCAACUGCGUGAGGCUCACCUGGCCGCUCUUCUUGGUCACCAGCGACUCAUUGACCAACGUCACCGUUCGGCAGUCGCUCAUGAGCCUUGGCCUCAUCGAGUCCAUAGCUGGUUUCCAAGUUCACAACCCCUCCAUCGUUGAUCUCUCCCUCAUUAAUGCUUUCCAGGCAGUGGUAUCCAGCCUGGCGAGCAUCAAUGUGAUGGUAAUACUGGACAAUCACCUGAGCAAGCCGGGGUGGUGCUGCAGCAGUAACGAUGGCAAUGGCUUCUUCGGUGACACAUUCUUCAACCCUGACGACUGGCUCACCGGCCUCACCCGGAUGGCCGCCCUCUUCAACGACACCCCCUAUGUGGUCGGCAUGAGCUUGAGGAAUGAGCUCCGCGGGCCCAAACAGAACCCGAAUGCUUGGUACAGGUACAUGCAGAGAGGGGCAGAAACAGUGCACGCAGCGAACCCAAAUGCUCUGGUCAUACUCUCUGGCCUGAGUUACGACACGGACUUGUCUUUCAUCCAGAGGAGAGCCGUGACCUUGACGUUCGCCGGAAAACACCUGUUCGAGUUUCAUUGGUACAGCUUUUCAUUUGGGAAUGAUUUUGGCAAAGGGAACGUGAACCAGGCGUGCGGGAAGGCGGUGCAGACGGUGAUGAGCAGGGGAGGGUUCGUUCUGGAGAAGGGGUGGCCCUUGUUGGUGAGUGAGUUUGGGGCUGACCUCACGGGGAGGACUGCUCGGGACAAUAGGUACUUGGCAUGCUUCUUUGGGUUGGCGGCAGAGCUUGACUUCGACUGGGCGUGGUGGACUCUUGCUGGGAGUUACUAUUUAAGACAAGGGGUGAUUGGGUUGGACGAGACUUACGGAUUGUUGGAUUGGAAUUGGUGUGCCGCCCGAAAUGAAAGUUUCAGCUUCGAGAGGAUUUAUAACAUUCAAUGUCCUUUUCGAGGGCCAGGGAUAUCAGAGGCAAGCCCACAUCUAAUAAUUUUCCAUGCAUCAACGAGUCUUUGCGUGCUGAGGAACUCAACCAUAGGGCCAUUGGUGCUAGGGCCCUGCGACCAGGCCGAGGCGUGGCGCUACACACCCCAACGCCUUUUAACAAUUGAGGGAACGAAUUUAUGCUUACAGGCAGCAGAUGGGGUGGGGCAGGCAGCGAAGCUUGGAGAAGAUUGCGCCAACUCAUCAUCGUCUUCAUCGAAGUGGAACCUCAUCUCCGAUUCCAGGAUGCACCUCUCCUCCAACCUCCCACGUGGCGGCGCUGCGGUUUGCCUGGAUGUGGACUUCGCCGGCAGCGGUGGCGACGGCCCCGCCAUUGUCACCACCAACACCUGCAAAUGCUUAAGUGGGAAUAAUAAUGCGUGCGACCCCACCAGCCAGUGGUUCAAACUUGUUAAUACCACCGGAAGCACCCCCUGCUAAUCAAUGACUUCCACGUGCAUUGUACGUGCAAGCUUACGUUCCUGAGCUUUGGACAUAUGUAAAGUUUAGUUUACUAUAAAAACUUUUCUUUUUGCCUUUUU